AAGUCACUGUUGUCUUACUUUCUUUCUUGUUGGAACACUCGACUGCUACUGCCUGCCUUAUCAUCCGCUUCCCAGUUCAAGCGCCGUCUAUAUCCCUAAUCUUUUAUAGGAUAAGGCUUCAAGAAACAGCAUAAAGAAUACUUUAGCACACUUACUGCUGUAAUACCAAAGCAUUAAUCUAUAAAGACAAAAUAAAAUGGCUCAUUCUUUACUGUCUUCAUCGGCUUCCUCUCUCAGAUUUGGCUCUCUCGUCUUCUCUCCAAACCCUAGCUCCGCUCCCGAUUCUCACAAACUCUCUCUCCCCUUCGAGCCCCUUCGUUCCAGGAAAUUCAGAAAGUUAAGUAGUAUCAGAAAGAAUUCCCAGCCGUCUUCAGCAAAGGCUGUUUACUCUGGUCAGUUUUGGGCACCUGAGAAAACUUCUCGGCAAGGGAUUUGGUCAAUAAGAGAUGAUUUGGAAAUCCCAUCUUCACCUUACUUCCCUGCAUACGCUAAUGGUCAAGGGCAAGCUCAAGGUCCUCCUCCAAUGGUGCAUGAGAGAUUCCAGAGUGUUAUUAGUCAACUUUUCCAAUAUAGAAUUAUACGUUGUGGUGGAGCUGUUGAUGAUGACAUGGCUAACAUUAUUGUUGCUCAACUUCUAUAUCUUGAUGCAGUUGAUCCUAAUAAGGAUAUUGUAAUGUAUGUAAAUUCUCCUGGAGGAUCAGUUACAGCUGGAAUGGCAAUAUUUGAUACAAUGAGGCAUAUUCGACCUGAUGUGUCCACUGUCUGCGUUGGACUUGCCGCUAGUAUGGGAGCUUUCCUGCUUAGUGCCGGGACCAAAGGGAAAAGAUACAGCUUGCCUAACUCAAGAAUAAUGAUCCAUCAGCCUCUUGGUGGAGCUCAGGGUGGGCAAUCUGAUAUAGAUAUUCAGGCAAAUGAAAUGUUGCAUCAUAAGGCAAACCUUAAUGGGUAUCUUGCCUACCACACUGGUCAAAGUCUCGAGAAGAUCAAUCAGGACACAGAUCGUGAUUACUUCAUGAGUGCAAAAGAAGCCACAGACUAUGGGCUCAUUGAUGGUGUUAUCACGAAUCCUCUCAAAGCUUUCCAGCCGCUGGCAGCUGCAGCAGAUAGUAUGUAAACUUCCUGCAGUCAUUAUGAAAUUCACUGUAGAGUUGAAUCAAAAAGAUCACAUUUGGUGUUCCUAGUUUUGGUUGAAUUCUCAAUACUUAGCACUGUAGAAUAAAUACCAUUCCAUCGGUGUUACUCUAACUGAACCUGUCACCCCCAUCUUAUUUUGACCUCUUGGACGGGGUUCUGGUGGAACCAAAAUAUGAACAAGUGACUGAAGUUUUAGAUGA